AUGAAGUGGCUUCUGCUUCUGGGCCUAGUGGCACUUUCUCAGUGCCUUGUGACCAAGGUGCCCCUGAGGAAGGGGAAAUCCCUGAGGCAAAGCCUUAAAGAACAUGGACUGCUGGAAAAAUUCCUUGAGAAACAUCCUUACAACUUGGGCUCAAAAUAUUUCCCCAGCCAAGCCAAUGCCAAUGCUGCUGAGCCCUUGGAGAAUUACAUGGAUAUUGAGUACAUUGGUACCAUCGAAAUUGGUACUCCACCACAGCAGUUCAUUGUCCUCUUUGACACUGGCUCCUCCAAUUUGUGGGUCCCCUCUGUGUACUGCUCUAGUCAAGCUUGCUCCAACCACAACCGCUUCAACCCUCAGCAAUCUUCCACCUACCAGGCCACUAGCCAGAGUGUCUCUGUCACAUAUGGCACUGGGAGCAUGACUGGAUUCCUGGCCUAUGACACUGUCCAGGUGGGAAGUAUUGAGGUUACCAACCAGAUCUUUGGCCUGAGUGAGACUGAGCCAGGAUCCUUCCUUUAUUACUCCCCCUUUGAUGGCAUCCUGGGUCUGGCUUAUCCAAGCAUCUCCUCCUCUGGAGCCACACCUGUUUUUGACAACAUGAUGAGUGAGGGCUUGGUGUCCCAAGAUCUCUUUUCUGUCUACCUGAGCUCUGAUGACCAGAGUGGGAGUUUUGUGAUGUUUGGUGGUAUUGACUCCUCUUACUAUUCUGGAAGCCUCAACUGGAUACCUCUGUCUUCUGAGACAUACUGGCAGAUUACUGUGGACAGCAUCACCAUGAAUGGCCAGGCGAUUGCUUGCUCUGGUGGCUGCCAAGCUAUUGUUGAUACCGGCACCUCCAUGUUGGCUGGUCCUGCUAAUGGCAUUUCUAACCUUCAGUACUACAUUGGUGCCAGCCAGUCCUCCAAUGGUGAGUACAUGGUCAGCUGCAGCUCCAUAAGCAGCCUGCCUAACAUCAUCUUCACCAUCAACGGCAUUGAGUUCCCUCUGCCCGCGAGUGCCUAUGUUAUCCAGAACCAACAAGGCUAUUGUACGAGUGGCUUUCAGAGCAUUGACAUCCCCACUGCCUCUGGUGAACUCUGGAUCCUUGGAGACGUCUUCAUCCGUCAGUACUACUGUGUCUUUGACAGAGCAAACAACCAGGUUGGCAUGGCCCCCGUGGCAUGA